AUGUCACAUUUCAGUAGUUUACAGGCUCAUCGUAAAUCGGUUUUAACCCUAUAUAGACAUGUCUUAAGGAACAUUAAUCAUAAUCUGUAUUCUAUUGGGUUUGCCAAUGCUAUUAAAAAUGAAUUAAAUACAACAAUACGAAGGUUUAAGAAUCAAAAAUCAUCAUGGACCAUUUAUGCACAGUUGAAACAUCUAAAUGAAUUAAAUAAUAAUAUUAUAGAUCAUAACUUGGAUGAAGUUAAGACUAUAUUAAAGUCAAGAAAGCAGAGGCUUUCUAGAUUACAAAUGAAACCAAAAACAUUGAGGGACUCACAGUUGGCUAUUCUUCACAAUAUAGUGAAGCAGUUGACACCCUGGGUGACUCCAUCAGAGAAUCCGACAAAUACCAGGGAAUAUAAGACUCAAAUGAACAUAUUAUCGGAUUAUUGUCAAAAGAAACAAAAGUUACAGUUGUUACCAACAGGAAUUUUGAAGAAAUAUAAAAGAGAACUACUAUUACCAAUAGUAUUAUAUGAGUAUGGUUUAAAACAAAUUAACAAAAUUAGUAGGCAAUUGGCAAAAGGACCACCACCUACCUAUCUAUCAUAUACAAUGGAGGGUAAAAGUAAAAUCUGGUUUGUCAGAUCAGCAGUAAAUAAGCAUAAAAACCAAUCCAAGGGCUUAGGAAGAAUAAUUCGAGAGACUAGACGUCGGCAUCAGUCCGAGAUAGAUUCUAUUGAUUUAUGCCAUAGAUUUCAUGCAUUUUGGGCUGUAGAAGAAGCCAAAUGGGAACAAAUGAUAGAUACAAAUAGUAAUUGCUUACAUAAUAAAACAGCGCAAAAGGAUAACAAUAUAACGUUAGAUAAGUAUAUGAAAUUGAAGGGUAAUAGUCAGUUAUCUCCACUUGUAAAUGAAUGGUUACAACCUUUAAAAAUGGUGAUUGAAAAAAUUGAACAAGAUUCCAGAAAGAGGAGCCAAUAUUUCGAAGAUUUCAAAAAGAAUAGAUUGAUUGACGGUGGUCAAUAUGAUUAUUAUAAGAAGGAAGCCGAAAAUAUGUAUUGGAAAAGGAAGGAAAGAUUUGAGAAGAUGAUAAUAGAAAGGAUUCCUUCUACCAGUCCAUUUUAUAGGAAUAAAGAGAACAAUUUAAUAACCAUUCUAAAAGACAAUCAUUUUAUUACAUUUUGA